AGGAGCAACCCACAAUGGCGGCAUCCACUGGAAAAUAAGCAUGGCCGAGUCAACUGAGUCAGUUCAUUGAGACGAUCAGCUGUUUGCGCUAUCUUAACUCCCGGACGAGCAAGUCAUGUCUAACGCUCAACAGACCAACAGUCAGCCUGAUGAUUCGUCGAAGAAAGAAGCUAAACCUGAACAAAGUUACGGCUUUGAGAGCUACCCGGAAAGACGGGGUGGAAAGAAGCCCGAGAACUGGCUGCGAAUCGCGCUGUUCGGCGAAGGUCGAGAAAACUUAGACAACAUCCGCUGUGAAAAGAAUGUCGUGGACUGCGUCAAGGACAGUCCCCUGGUAAAGCUGAUGAUAAGUGCUUUAAAAAGUGCCGGCUGUGACAUAGACAUUCGAAGGAACAUCUGCUGUGAGCCAUGCGAAGGUCUUGUAACUGGUGGCUUUGACACAGAGUAUAACCAAGUCGUCGUGUGCCAGAAUAAGGCCAGGUCGAGAGGCACUGUUCAGGGUGUGCUUGCCCAUGAGCUCAUGCACAUGUUCGACUACUGCCGAGCCCAUAUGGACUUCAAGAACAUGGAUCAUCUUGCUUGUACAGAGGUUCGCGCUGCAAAUUUGUUCCAUUGCUCCUUCAUGAGUGCCAUGUCGCAAGGUUCAGCAAGUCCCUUCAAUAUAGCUAGGUCUCAUGCGGAAUGUGUCAAGCAGAAGGCUGUCAGUUCCAUCGUUGUGGCGAGGGGUGUUUCGCAAGAGGAGGCAAGAAGUGCUGUUGAUCGUAUUUUCGACAAGUGCUACAACGACCUCGAACCUGUGGGAAGGCGGAUACGUAGGAAUUCGCCGCACAUGCAGUGGGCAUAUCGGGAACGCUACCAUUAUGGAUACGACGAAUAAAUAUAGUUAGUAGUUUUAUAACGACAUUAUAAUUGAAAUCAUUUAAGAGGAUUUUGUUGGUGCCACAAGAAGUCAUGUUCAUAUUGUCUGCAGAUUUUCGUUAGGUGGACUAGGCCUUUGUUUUAUAGGUUGAAUAAUAAAAAAAAGCAUUGUUGUUUUCAAAG